GACAAAAAAACAGAAAACACUUUUAGCUAUAUAGUCAGUAAUACAAGCUUAUGAAAAGAUUGCUAAUAUUUAUCUCGUUGUGUUAUUUGCGACGUGAAUUUUUUUCAAGUAGAAUUUCGACUUUUAUUUCUGAUGAUUCGACAAUUUUGGUGAAUCUCUCACCGCGAGACAUAGAUAUUGCGUGUCACAUAAUUAACUAUGAUCAGUUCCAUCGACUAAAAUACUAACUAAUCCAGAGAUAUGCUAUGUGAUAUGAAACAAGGUCCACAAUCUGCUUUAUCUAUACUUGAGAUGUUUGUUUUAACUUUCAGUUGAAGGUAACCGAGAUUUGCACUAUGCCUCGAUCAUUUUUGGUGAAACAGCACGAGGCAAAGACGACUGAUGCAGAACAAGAAGAGGAUCACUCCAUCAAACUAACUCGYCAAGAUCGACCUAUCCCAAGUYUCCCUCCUCCACUUUUAAAAGUGAGCCCGCGAUCAUCAUCCAAGUCAUCAGAGGUUUCCAUGGAAAUUCGACCGGUUCCUAAACUUAUCCCAAGACCCCCAAGAGAGGAUUACCAAGGUACCAGAGGGAAAAGUGAGUUUUACUCGAUGUCACGUCCAUGGACKUGUGCUGAUAGCUAUCAUGAUUACAAAGACUCAAGACACGACUUGCCAUUUAUAUUUCAUCCACAAACCAUCGAUAAGAAAACCUUUCCUUACGCUCCAUACCACGUGAUGUAUCACGAGCCAAUCGURGRCAGAUACCCAAAUGCCUUAUACGGUAAUAUCAGUUGCUAUGGCACCAAAGACAGUGUUUACAAUCACGUGGCUUUAAUGUCCAAGUACUAUAUGCCCGCGAUGUCUGAUAGUGUUGUCAGCAGCUACAGCCAUAAAGAUUCUAACGAUGACAAGAAACGCGACGUAAAAGUGGAACCAACUAAUACAGAAACAGUGACUCCUGACUCUACACAGGGUACCCAGCACAAAGCAAUGAACGAAGCAGCCCAGCCUUCCAGUAYGCAGGGGGAUGGAGAGAGUAAAGCACAGCAGUCAACAGCUAAGAAGUAUAGAUACACAUGUGAUGUUUGCGGCAAGUCGUUCAGUCGAUCCAAUACACUGACAACGCAUAAACGUAUUCACACAGGAGCAAAGCCAUUUCAUUGUGAACAGUGUGGCCGAGCCUUCAGACAACCCGGUAACCUAACACGACAUCGACUUACACACACCGCCAUUAAACCCUACGUGUGCCCGCAAUGUAAUAAGGCCUUCAAUCGUGCGUCCAACCUCCAUACGCACAUGCGCACGCACACUAACUACAAGCCAUUUGUAUGUGAUUUUUGUGGUAAAGGAUUUCAUCAAAAGAUCGACAUGAAGAUUCAUCGUUACACCCACACUGGAGAGAAACCACACAAGUGCACCAAGUGUGGCCGAGGGUUUAAACAACUAACACAUCUAACAUACCAUAUGAGAACACACUCAGACGAAAGGCUCUAUAAAUGCGAAUACUGCGGAAAGGGCUUCAAUCAGAAGGGGAAUUUGCAGGCCCACAUAUAUGGGCAUACAGGAGAACGUCCCUUCAAGUGUGACAUCUGCGGCAAGGGWUUUACAUUGGCAUCUACUCUGAAUACUCACAAACGAACCCAUGCCACAAAGAAACCAUUUAACUGUCAGUUCUGUGAUAAAGCGUUCUACCAGAAAAACGCAUUGAAAACGCAUUACAUUGCAUCUCAUCCGUUUGCCAAUGGUGUCAGUCUUCUAUGAAGCAAAGCUGUAGAACUGUACGUUAUCUACAAGAGAUUCGAUGUCUUGAACGAGUAGUAAAAGAAUGCUGUCUUGGCCGCAUMUAUCAAGAACUKUUGGUUCUGUCAUCUAACGUUCCAAGAUCUUUAAAGGGUUUUAUUGAGGUAAAGACCCACACACAACGCCAUGAAAUCAGCAUGUCCCCGCCUUCUUGCAAAGCAAAGCUUAUAUAAGAUACAUUUUAUUUAAAGAACCACUAAAGAUUUAAUUUGGUAAAAAAMCUUAAACUAACUAUUAUAUCGAGAUAAAGCUAGUGACGAUUGUAAUGUAUAUCACACCUAAAGGGCGAUUAGUUGCGCAACAAUGCCAAAUAAAGGUUGUCAAUUUGAURAAGAAAUGUUAAAAAUAAAUGUACACGUUUUAAACGAGUCAAAA